UCAACUGCCGUCACAUCAUGAGUUGUAAGUACGGUUAUUUUUUCUAACGGAUACAUUGCUUUAGGCAUGGGUCAUUCUGGUUAUGCAGUACCUUAAAGUGAAGUUAAUACUAAGAAAAGCUCAAACCUCAUUUGUUUGCACAUUGGUUUGAUAUUUUAUCAUUUUAUGUAAUGACAUUCAGGCAUUUUUUUAAGUGUAGCUUAAGUGUCCAAUACUUUUCAGGGCCAGUGUACAGUAUAUGAUGGGCUCAACAUAAUAUGCAGCAUAGCAGGAAUGACCCAAAUAAAGGAAAGAGGAGAAGCAGUGGCACUUUAUGAUUUAAUUAUUUAACUUGUUUUAAAACGAUUUGAAGUUAUAUGUUGCAUUAACUGUGUUUUUUCUCUCUCAUUGUCCAUGCAUCCCCUAUAUAUUGGCUUGUUGCAAUCAGCUUAUAGGCAUUUGGUGCAAACUAACAUCAAAAUAGCAUGCAUAAUGUAAUUCAGCCAGCAGCUAGUGCAUGUGUGUCUGGAGUGUUUGUGGGUUGUUGGGUUGCUUUUUGUUCAGCUUAUUAUCUAAGAAUCGAAGAUAAAGGGAAAUAACAGCUGAAUCAGUAGAAACAUCAGUGAUUGAAGGGCUGUGAAUGCUCCUUCUGACCAGAGCGGGCAGCGAUGACGGUGACGUAUUCACUGCGGGUGGCAGAUGCACGCCUGGGCACCUUCUAUCGCCUUCUUCUGCGGUGGAAGGGAAGUGUCUAUAAACUGUUAUAUCGAGAGCUGCUCAUCUUUACUACACUGUAUUGCACUAUCAGUGUUACAUACAGGUGUCUAUUGGAUGAAGGACAGCGGAGGAUGUUUGAAAAGCUGUCCAUGUACUGUGAUCAGUAUGCUCAACUAAUCCCUGUUUCAUUCGUACUGGGUUUCUACGUGACUCUUGUGGUCUCUCGUUGGUGGGGUCAGUUCGAGAGCAUCCCAUGGCCGGAUCGCCUGGCAGCGUUGGUUAGUGGACACGUGCGAGGCACUGAUGAAGGGGCCAGACUCUUUCGCAGGAGUCUGGUGCGCUACGCCAACCUAUCCGGCAUCCUCAUCUACCGAUCGGUCAGCACUGCCGUCUACAAGAGGUUCCCAACCAUGGGUCACCUUGUUCAGGCAGGUCUGAUGACCACUGAGGAACUGAGGCAGUUAGAGGAACUGCCCUCCCCACAUAAUAAGUUUUGGGUUCCGUGCAUGUGGUUUGUUAGUCUCGCCAUGAGAGCACGAUCAGAAGGACGAAUUAAUAAUGACGUCGCUAUGACGGCCAUCCUUAACGUGGUAACUGUGGCUGUGUACAGCUUCUUUUUGGCUUGUCUGAUUGGUCGGCAGUUUCUUGACCCCGCCCAAGGUUAUCCAGGCCACAGCCUCGACUUCUACCUGCCGGUCUUCACCUUACUGCAAUUCUUCUUCUAUGUUGGAUGGCUCAAGGUGGCUGAGCAGCUCAUUAACCCAUUUGGCGAGGACGAUGACGACUUUGAGACAAACUGGUUGGUGGACCGUAAUUUACAGGUGUCUCUACUGUCAGUGGAUGAGAUGUAUGAUCUGGUUCCUCUGGUUGAGAGAGAUAAAUACUGGAAUGAAUCUGAACCACAGCCGCCGUACACAGCUGCUAGUGCAGAACACCGCAAACCAUCAUACAUGGGGUCUGCUCUGGACAUCAGUGUUCCCAAAGAGAAAAUGGAAUUCCAGCACAAUCUGGAGCAGAUUAAGGAACAUGAAGAGGCCAACCAUUCCACUCCUUUCCUGGGCAGCUUGAGUCACCUUCUAGGCGUCCAGUCCCCUAGUGUCCACCGCUCAACUCCCUCAUCCCGAGUCUCCCUCCUGCGGCGUCGCCCUCAAGCUCCUUUCUCUCGUUUUCCCCUUUACCUCCACCCCGGAAGCUCUCCAAUGCCCAACCAUGUCCGGAAUGCUACAGAACAUGACAUGGCAGAGGACGCCUUCUCCUCCAUGCCUCUAUACGAAAGACCUGGAUUUUACAGCUGUCCUCAAACACCUAUCCACUGCGUACCACCGCCCAUUCCACGCCCAAGACCUCGAAGAGUGCAGGGAGACUGUGUAAACAGCUCUGGCUCCCUGGCACAAACUCUUGUGGGGUCACAAGUCCUGGCUCCACCAGAUACGCCUGGGAAUCUGCCGCCACCUCCUUCAUCCGCCUUCCCUUGGGUGGGCGAAGACAGUGAACAUUCAGCGGUUCCCACUUUCUCCUUCCCUGACCCCGUGCCUGAGUUGAGCAUGUUACCCAAAGCACGGCCAAGUCAAGGGCUGUUGUCGCGCUGUCCCCUACCUCUGCGACUCUCUCUGGACACAUCGCCAUCUGGAGAGGGGCAGUCAGCACCCACAAGUGCUCGGAUUGUUGGGGCACCAGGGGAGAGGGUGUUUUCAUUUACACCUCCAUUGUGGCCACAAUCUCAGAUGAACACCGCCAGUUCAGGGAGUGUAAAUGCGGCAACAACGACAAAUAGUACCAACAACAUCAACAGUACGGGAAACCUGUGCAACGGCACUGCAAAUAUCCCCUGGCCAAUCAACAGAAUCAACACAGCAAACACAGUCAAUUUUGUCAAUACAAGUCCCCCCGCGACUCGGCAGAUAGCCAAUCAGCACAACUCGCCCAAUGACUCUGGGAUCUCAUUGGCUGAUGGGGAACUGUUGGGUAGGGGGCGUGCUGGCGUGAAAACUAGCUCUGAGUGAGCAGGACCUCCUGUGAUCCACAUUUCUAUGUGAUUGGUCAGCCAAUGUUUGUUUGUCAUAAUAGAGCACAAUAGUCUGUUUCGGCCAACAAAGUGCACCAAAAGAGCUCUGCAGCAUCCGCCCAUUCCCAUUCCCACUGUAAAUUACGCAAUCGAGUCGCUCUCUGUACACUUUAAAACGACUUAUAUAUUUGUAUGUGUCUGUAUAUUUUGCAAUAAAGUUCAAAUAUAUUUCUAUAGUUAUAAUCAGAAACUUCAAAUCAAUAGUUUUGUAUUUUUCUGUUGUUGUACUUUGAUUACGUUAUUCCAAAUGUUUCAUGGGAUUGUAGUUCAUUCCCUUAUUAAAAGAUGUUAAGUAGCCAGUCUUGCACCUUUUGUCUUUUUGUGUGAUUUUGCGCUCAAUGGCCGUUCCUACUGUUAGAUGAUCUCCCAUUGUUUACAUGCAUUGCAUUGCAUUGCUGCUCAUUUGCAUAAAGUUAAACUAUUCCCAACUUUGGAAUGGUAACAGCUGCGGAAACUCAUGUGGCUUUAAAGAAAACUUCCGGAUUUGGACUAAGACGUAUAUUAAACGUGAUCUGUAAUUCUUCCGUCUUGACUUACGCACUUCCCAAACUGUCACUGGUGCACAACCAACUUCUCAAACAUAAUGCAUC